UGGCGUUUGCUGUGUUUCGGAACCGAGAGCUCCAAACUCCGGUGACAUCUCAGGUCCUCGGCGGUGGAUGGACUCUGCGAUAUCAGGAUACGUCACAGACGGCAGACUGUCCGUCAUCGUUCACCCGCGACGUUGCAGCCAACCCGUACGGGUCUGCACCGCCAAUAAAGCUCAACUCUUCCAGAUUCAAAUACCACAGAGGUAUAAUGGAGUUUCCAGAAGACUUCAACCAGCUGGAGCUGCUGAACACACACGGACACAUGAUUCCCAGAGGAGCCUCCAGUCUUUGGACUGCAAGUCAGGAGGAAGAGGAGGAUGAGGAAGAGGAGGCGCCUGAGGGGGGUUACAGUGAGGAGUGGUACCUACAAAGAGAAGACAAGCUUCAAGACAAGCCUGCAGAGCUUCUUCUCUGGGCAGCAGAAAACAACCGACUCUCGACUGUCCACAGGUUGCUGCUCACGGACCCGUCUCUGGUCCACUGCUCAGAUGAAGACGGCUACACCCCCCUGCACCGUGCAGCUUAUAGCGGCCAUGUUGAAAUGGUGUCGUCGUUGGUGGCUGCGGGCUCGGAGAUCGACCCCCGCACGGUGGACGGCUGGACUCCGCUCCACAGCGCCUGCCGCUGGAGCCGCGUGGCGGUGGCCUCACGUCUUCUCCAGCACGGGGCUGAUCUGAACGCUCAGACCAACGGAGGCCUGACAGCCCUGCACCUGGCAGCCUCCCACACCAGCCAAACCAAAACAGACUCCCGCCAGACGCUGGAGCUGCUGCUCUCACAGCGCCACCUGAAGGCAGGUCUCCUCAGCAACAGCAACGAAACAGCCAGCGAGUUGGCGAGACGGAGCGGCCCAUUUCACUUUUUGUUUGAGAUGGUGGAGGACUGCACCAGCGUGCUCCCCGCCUCCUGAACCACACUGCUCACCAAUCCUGACUCACUCUCAGCGACUCGUGUAGGAGAUCAAGCAAAUGGAGAUAAAAAUCUACUCUGUCUGUUGAACCGAUCUUCCACUUCUGAUGGAGGCGUUUUCCUUUCAAUCCCUGUGACCGAAUGAUGAACCUGUGGAAUGUAAGACACUGCUAAUACACUGACCAGCACCGAUCACUUCAGUCAUUAGACAGGUUCUCAGCCUCUUUGACCUUGGGAACCAUUCAAGGAAUAGAACUGAAUUCAUCAUGCUGCUAUGGUUUCAUUUGCAUUCAAUAACCUGUGUUUAAACCACUUACACUUAAACAAACCUAGACCUCGUGAAAUGAUAUGAAACUGUGAUUGUCGCAAAUAUAGUUGUCAUCGAAAACUGGCAGCAGAACUAGGCUCAAGUCAUCUUCAUUUCGUUUGAGAAAACCUGGAUGUCAUAAAUACAAUAAUGAAUAAAAUAAGUAUGACAAAACAAUAUUGACAUUUUAAAUGUUUUUUUCUUCUCCCCAAAAUAAACUGUAAACAAGAUAUAAGUAAAGUUCAAAUGAAUGUAUCACUGUAAAUUUUCAAAUGACUUUUAAAAACUGCUGCAACAGGUGCUUUCAUGGAAGUUUUUACUGUUGGGGGAUGCAGCAUCACUUUCUUUAUCGUGUUUACUUUUCAAGAACUUCUCCAUAGUUGUUAACUAUUGCAGGUUUGUGCCUCUCUUCUUCAGCUUCUUUGAGUCUUAAGUCAAUUGAAAGACACUGUACUGCCACCAAAUGGCGGGGCUGUGCAUUGAAACUGAGGGUCUCUCGGCCCUUGUGGCCCUCUUGGGGGCCGCCAGCCAACCUUUAAGCAUGGAAAAGCACA